AUGAAAUUCUGAAGCUCGAAAAUCAGUUGGUCUACAGUGAGCCAAGAUUCGAGACGAACAGCUUUGGCAAUCAAUUGGUAAUUCGUGUUGAAAAGUAAAGGAGAAGCGCAGUUGAUCGAACUCGAAAAAUGAUAGUUUCCCGCCUCCCAAAUCCUCCGCUUUGGACAGCGCCGGAAAUCGCAGAGGCCAUCGACGGAAAAAUAACUCAAUGGGGCAAACCCGGUUCGAUAUCCUCCGACACUCGCACCCUUCAACCCGGCCAAUGGUUUCUCCCCCUCGUCGGCCAAAACUUCGACGCCCACACCUUCAUAACCCCUCAAUUAUCCGCCAAGGGGGCCGCCGGCGUGAUCGCCAACCGCGUCUCCGAAGAUUGGGACCUAGGUUUUGUCCAAGUGCGCGGCAACACAUUAGGCGCUCUGAAAAAAUUGGCCGUUUUCGCGAGGAAUAGGUUUGACGGCUGCUUGAUUGGGCUGACGGGCAGCGUGGGCAAGACCACCACCAGAGCUAUGGUGGCGUUGGUUCUCGAGAGUGUCGGAUCGGUCUAUCAGAGCCCGGGAAACUGGAACAAUGAAAUUGGGGCUGCAUUGUCGCUUGCUGGGAUGCCGAGGGAUGCGGCCUUUGGGGUGUUGGAGUUGGGGAUGAGCGGGAAAGGGGAAAUCUUGGAGCUUGCUAGGGUUUGUAGGCCUAAUGUGAGGGUGAUUCUGAAUGUCGGUGCUUCUCAUUUGGGAAAUUUCUCGAGUUUAUUGGAGGUUUCGGCUGCGAAAGGGGAGAUUUUGAGGGAUGCACGGCCUGGUGAUGUCUGUGUUUUGAAUGCUGAUGAUCCUCUUGUUAUGAGCCUUCCUCUUCCUCUGGGUGUUAAGAAGGUGCUCUUUGGUCGUAAGCAAGGCUCUGAUGUUCGCUUAGUGUCAGUGAAAAGUGUCGAAGGGGGUCACAAAGUAGAGGUUGUUUUGGAAAAUUAUGAAGAAAAGGUCAAAUUCCUCAUUUCAAGCCCGGGACAGCAUUUAGCGUUGAAUGCAUGUGCAGCAGCCGCUGUUGCGACAUCCAUGGGGAUCCCUCUUGCUUCAGUGGGAAAAUCCUUGUCAGCAUUCGUCCCUGUCGAAGGGAGGUCUGAGCUUGAAGUUGCUGCAAAUGGUAUCAAAAUCAUAAACGAUGUUUACAAUGCUAGCCCUGUCAGCACAAGGUGUGCAAUCGACACACUGAAAGCAAUUGACUGCUGUGGUAAGAGAGUCGCCGUUCUGGGGGACAUGCUUGAACUUGGUCGGACAGAAAUCAAAUUACACGAAUUGGUUUUGCUGCAUUGCCUUGACGCUUGCGUUGAUCUGAUCGUGAUAGUUGGGAAGAGGUUUAUGGUGGCGGCUGAUAACUUGAAGCUUGGUCGGAAGGUGAACAUGGUGCCCGCUUACGAUUCUGAAAACCUUGCUCCCAGAAUUUUGGAAUACUUGCAAUGUGGUGAUGUUGUUUUGGUUAAGGGUAGUCGUGGAAUGAAAAUGGAGAAAAUAGUUAAUGCUAUUAAAUCCUAUUCUCUCGUAAGAAAUUAGUAUUUUUGUCUUAGUUUUUCAACACUUUACUGCAUAUGAAAAGAUUAAUCAUUGUAACCAUCUUA